AUGCCUGAGCUGGAAGAGAUUGUCUCGACGGCCGACAAGGCAGGCUCGCCGCCGCUGCCACCGCUGUGGUUUCUCGUCUUCCUGGCCCUCGGCCUCCAGGCCGUCGUUGUAUCCACCGCGACCUUCCUCGCGUGGAUGUAUCAUGCGUUCCUACGGUGGGGGAAGGACCUGGGCCUGCGCUAUGGCGCGUGGUCGGUGGUCACCGGCGCCACCGACGGCAUCGGUCGCACGCUAGCGCUCGAGCUCGCGCGCAUGGGGCUCCACCUCGUCCUCGUCGGUCGGAACCCUGCCAAGCUAUCCCGCAUCAGCAAGAAGGCCAAGGAUGCGGCUCCGUCCAAGAGCGUGGUGUUCGACCUCGCCGGCGAUGCGACAGAGCUUUCGCUGGGCGCAGCGAGGGUGGCGGCGGCCGUGAAGGGGCUCGACAUGGGCCUCUUGGUGAACAACGCCGGUGCGACAUACCCUUGCGCGGCCUACUUCCACGAGGUGGAGACCCCGGUGUGGGAGGCCGUGGUGCGGGUGAACAUGGAGGCGGCCACGCAGAUCUCGCGCGCCAUCGUGCCAGCGAUGGCGGGCAAGGGGAGGGUCGCCAUCAUCAACGUCGGGUCCGGGUCGUCCGUGGUGGUGCCGGUGUUCCCGCUCUAUGCCGUGUACGCGGCCGGGUGGAGCACCUUCUCAAUCGGCGCGCUCCGCCUGCUCGAGGCCGUCCGCCUCUCUGCCAAGACCAAGCCCAUGCGCGGGCUCCUCGGAGAUGUUCGGGUCCACGCCGCCGCCGCAGAGCGAGGCCACGCCCUUCCACCUGCGGCUCAUCCUACACGGCCGCCAAGGUCGUCACGCAGUGUGACCACCCAUGAACAGUCUUAUGCUUUUACCUAA